AUGAUAGGCUCCAGAUCCCUCGAAGAGCGUGCUCAAGCUCUUCUAGAACGAAUUGCCCCAUUCAUCAGCAGCAAACAUGGUGUUUCAUCCAUGGCUUACUCAAUUUACGACACUGCGUGGGCGUCUAUGGUAGUCAAACAAGAAAAUAGGCGUUCCCGAUGGGCUUUCCCUGAAUGCUUUGAAUUUAUACUACGGAGCCAAAACAAUGCCGGAGGGUGGAGUUCAUUCACAGACCCUAUCCCGCACAACUUUUAUCCUGAUCAUGUGGUAAUUCCGGAUAUACUGGUUCAUACCUUGGCUGCUUUACUUGCUUUAUGUGUGCACUUGCGAGAUAAGGAUAAGGUCGAGAGCACUAUUCCCGAAGACAUAUCUGAGAGAAUUGAACGAGGUCGAGUUUAUGCCCAGCAGACACUGGAAAGAUGGAAUGUUUCGCAGACCUCCCAUUUCGAGUUCCAGCUGCUAAUCCCAACUACUCUGGGUUUACUCUCUUCUGAGGGUGUUGUCUUUGAUUUCCCAGGGAAAACUCUUCUGUACGACCUACAUAAGCUGGCAUUGGCUAUGGAUGUUGAGUGGUUAUAUACAGAGAAGAACGAGGUUCCAUUGUUUUCAAUUGAGGGUUGGCUUGCUAAGUUAGACUUCACACGACUCACUCAUCAGGUUUCAACUGAAGGAAUUGGGGCAUCACCUGCCUCGACGGCUGCAUACUUAAUAUAUGGUCCUGAAUGGAGUACAGAAUGUGAGGAAUACCUCCAAAACUGUAUCCAACACGCCGCAGGCAGUGAUAGAGGAGGAGUCCCAGGUAUCUGGCCGCUGACACUCUUUGAACCUUGCUGGGUUCUUACUACGUUGUUUGACGGAGGAUUUUCGCUGUCUGAUCUAGGAUAUCAAAGAGUUGAAACGAUUGUAGACUUCCUAGUACAUCACCACAACUCGAGGGGUGGGGUAAGCAGUGCAUCUCCAUGCUGGACCCCUGAUGCAGACGAUAGUGGCCGUACCUUGACUGCUUUGUAUCUCGCUGGCAGAACUCCGAGUCCAAUGGCCUUAGUCCACAGAUUCGAAAAGAAAAGCCAUUUCCAAACAUUCAAUGGUCGUAUACCUAGCGUAAUCCCAAGCGUUAGCGUCCACGCAAAUAUCCUUAGUGGGUUACUGUUAAGUCCAGAGGCAGUGAAAUUGACACUGCAGAUCGUGAAAUGUGCGCAAGUUCUCUGCAAUAGUUGGAAAGAUGGGGAAAAAAUAAGUGAUCACUGGAAUAUAUCGGAAUAUUACGCCAUUCUACACUUAACUCUCGGCUUAGUUCGUCUCCAUGAUACUUUGUCUACAAACAUUUUCGACCAGAGUACCUCGAAAAGGCUCAUAGACCUUACUGUCCCUCUUCUUCCAAAGGUUCUCAGCUACAUAGUUGACAAUCAAAACACGGACGGCUCUUGGGGAGAUAGGGGCUCGUACGAAGAGACAGCUUAUGCAGUAAUAGCAUUGGCAAAGCUCGCUAAACUGGGACCCUUGAAUAACCAUGAGCGAGUCAAUUCGACCAUUGAUCUCGGAAAACAAUUCAUUACAAAGUGGCAGCAACCCGACCCCCGAGAUAGAGUGUGGACUGGGAAGAUUAUGCAUGCUAGUUUAUUCAUCCAGGAGGCUUAUGUUUUAGCGGCACUGAGGGCAUGUUCCGUUUGA